CCCCGCUUCUAUAAAAUCCCUACACUGGCACCCCACGCCAAUCUCAUUUAUCCAUUUUCCACUAUUAUUUUUAUUCUCUUCUCUCUUUAACUGUUAGGGCUUUCCUCUCUCUACAAAACCACCAUCUCUGCGAGAGACAUCAAAUGGCUCAGCAAGAUGGCCAGAACGGGGACUCCGCCAAAGCUGCUGCAGCGGUCACUUUUACCGCCGUGAAUCCGCAGUUGCUGGUGGAGGCACCCAGGGCAAAUGAAGCUGUUCAGUUCUAUAAAGUGGCGUUUGGCGCUGUUGAGACUGGCCGUACAACUCAGCCUAAGCGUAAGGCUGAGCAGGAGCUCCCUCAUAUCAUCUCUGCUCAGCUCCAGCUCGCCGGCAGUACUAUUAUUGUCUCUGACCUAUCUGAUGACUCUGCACCAGAGAAGUCUCUGGCCAGCGGAAUCUCGCUGGUAUUGGUGACUGAGGACGUUGAAGCUGCUAUUGCGAAGGCUGUAGCUGCUGGAGCUGUUGCGGAAGGCGAGAUUGUUGAGGGCGACGGCGCGUACUAUGGUGGUGCUGAGCGCGUAGGCAAAGUCAAGGAUCCGUAUGGUUUCGUCUGGGUCAUUGCAUCCCUGGCUAAGAAGUCUACUGCAGACGUGGAAGCUUAAAGGCCGCUUGAUCUGACUUAUCCUGACUCUCCUAGUUAGUUGUAGCCAGUCAUCUUUUGCUUUUUUCGUUAAAUGAAACGGUGGGACCCUGGUUUCAGGGAAAAAAAACCGUUUCUAGCAAUGUAGUUAUAGAUGGUGAUUAGUAGGGGUGGAGGGGGCGGUGGUAGAGAUUGGCCUCUUCAGCUAUUUAAUCUCUCGUAGACCUUCUUUUUGGGAUGGUUAUUUUGGUAACAAAAAAAGUGACUUGGCGGUGGAUAUAUUUUAGCCGACAGCUGUCAGUUAUUAACUUUGAAUUUUAAUUGAUGUUAUCUUCUACC